AUGGCUCGAAAGUCAGAUAUACCGUCAAAUAAUAGACGAAUAUCAUUCUAUUCAAGUUCAGGAAGUGAUAAUAAUGAUCAAUUAACAACUUAUAAAGAACAGAAUAGAAUUUUGGCGAAACGAAUUUUAAAUUAUUGUACGAAGAUAGCUGAAUUGGAAAGUAAGAAUCAAGAAUUAGUUAAUGAGAAUAGAAUGUUAAAAUUGAGAAAAGUUAAAGAUAAAUGCGAUGGUCAAUUGAUUGGUAUAAUUGAAAAUGAGUUUAAUAAUAUGAUACUGAAACUUAAAAAUAUGAAUAAUGGAAAUAAUGAAGAAAUGAAGGAUGAUAAUACAAAAUUGAAUGAUAAUAGAGGUCAUAUUUCAACUAUUAUGGAACAAGAAGAUCUGGAUAAUCAUUUAAAAAAUGGCGAUCUACCUCUAACUAUCGAAAAUUCAAAUUUAAAUAGAAAAUCAAAUACUAAUACUACAGAUCAUGAUCAGACUAUGUCAACAGGUAAUAUAGAUGAGAUGAAUGCAACAUCAACUCCAAGUAAACAUUCAGACAAGAGUGAAAAUGAAAAUACUACCACAUCUAAACCAAUUCAAUUCUUCGAAGAAAAUGACCAACCAACCAAUAAUGUCAAUUUUGGAUCCAAACCUCAAGCAUUAUCGAGUCCUAGAUUAAAUCAUGUAGAAAAGCAUCUUCUAUUAGGUAAUAAAGAGAAAUCUGUAUCUGUUGAGCCUGCUCCUCAGUCACAACUAUUAUCAAACCCAUACUCGAAUAUAAUUUCAAAAUCAAAAUCAAAGAAGACAAGUCGUCGCUCAACAAUUGAUAAUACAACACAAGAAAGAGAACCAAAAGAUGUUAAUAAGUCACAAAAAGAGUUUCGUUUCAUUUUUGAAGAACCGCAACCUGCUAAGUCAGAAGAAAUUAAGUUAAAACCAAAACCAAUUAAACCUAAAGAAACAAAAGCACUAAAAUCCAAAACAAAAAAUACUGAACAAGUGGAAUCUAAGCCAAAACCAACACCACUUGCUGUUUUCCAAGAUUAUGAAUCAAGUGUAUCUGCUUCACCAUCAUUAUCAGAUGAAAAUAAUAUCGGGAGAAGAUCAACAAGAAUUAAAAAAGAAGUAAGUUAUAAACAACCAUCAAUGAGAGCUAAAAUGAGAAGAGAAUCAGUUAAAAUGUUAGAUGCAGUUGGAGAAAAUGUAUUUUUAAAUUAUACAAAUGAUCAAAAUAAGAAAAGAAAAGAUAUAUCACCAAUAAAACCAACUUCAAGCUCAAAAAGAAAACCAUUAGGAAAUAUAACAACCAAUACUAAUUCAAAAAAUCAAAAACGUCAAACUUUGGAGCCAUUUAUUGAUAAUAAAAAAAACAAUGACAUGUCUAUAUUUGACUUUCAACCAGAAACCAAUAAAGAUAACACUAGAAAUAGGAAUCGUAGAUAUACUAAUUUGUAA